UUUUGUUGCCCUUUGACAGCUCCCGCGGAAUUUCCUUCAUUUUCUCCUUCUUCCGUGAUAUUUGAUAUAUCUGGAGAGGCAGGCUAUAGGAUGAUGGUGUGUGGUCUGUCCCGUGAGGUGACCCUGGCGGUGCUGCCCAGGCUGUACGUGGAGGAGCUGAUCCUGGAGCUGGGCAGGAGGAACAUCCAUCCCCUCACCGACUCCAGCAGCCGCGAGGACCUCAUCAGUCUGCUGUGUGACGUCAUGAUUGAGGAGUACAGCCGGGGUAGGCGGGCCGCGUGUGUCAAUGUACCGAGAGAACAGAGUGGCACAACAACAGCCGUGACAAGACAGACAUCAGGCAACACUACAGCAGAACCAGCACCAAAGAGAAGUACAGCAUGUGUGGAAAGGGAGAGAAGGGGUAGCGGUCGGGCGGAGAGUAGUUUCGGUAAGCAGACAAGUACAAGUGUACCUGUACGAGAAACACCACUAGCUAAAGACGACACGGGUGAUGUGAUAGUUGUGGAAGACGACGAACCUGAUGAACUUGCCAAAGGCAUUGAAAAUAGACGUCAAGAAGAGGCUCCAAGGAUAGGAACUCCAACAGGCACAGCAGUACGUACACACCAACAUUCCAGACCUCAGCCGAGCCCUGUUCAGAGAGGCACACAUAGCAAGGGACCGCCUGCAUGUAACACUCCUGAUGCACUCUCUAGCUCAGGUAUCCAAAGGGUGCUGUCACCACAAGAUAACAGCAUCAGGAUGGACAACUGUGUGGAGAGGAACAGUAGAGGAGUGGGAUCACCCAGGGAAAGAGAUGUGACAGCACAGGAAAUUCCAGAAGUUGAAGAGGGAGCAGCUCAGCCAGAUUCCAGUCUGAAUCCUGCCCAACCAGAGGAAGAGCCCAGAACUGAGGUUUCCACGAAUGUGGAGACAAACGGCUAUACCGGAGUAGGUCAAGGACCGACUAUCACGACUGAUGAUAGUCCACAUGAACGAGAACCAUCUGUGGUAGAGGUAGAUGGGCCAGAAGUGAUGAUGGACACAUCAAGCAACCUCACAGAGCAGUCAUCUCAUGACACUGGACAGAAAGAUGCUAGUACCACAGGUGCAGUACGGCCAGUAGAGUCUUUGGCCAGGUAUGGCCAAGAAUUCAUGGACUCUGCAAGACCAGGCUAUGUGCAGAUAUUGCCAGGCUACUUGCAGACAUUGCCUGGCGUUUCUACCUCUGUGUCUGACCCAAUGUUUCAGCCACCAAACACAGAGAUGACAACAACAUACCCCACUCUUCUAGAGGCAUUGGGAACUGAAGGGUCUUCAUUGAAUGACUCACUGCCAGUGUCACUGCUCGGAACCCAGCAGCCCACUUGCAUGGUGAAGACAUCUGAAGAAGCCAUGGCCAUCUGGCAGAAUUUGUCUGAAAGAAAUAGUACUGCUGAGCCUGAUGGUGCCAUCGCAAAGCCCAAACGCAGAAGAAAGAACUCUACUUGUCAGGAGUGUGGGUACAAGGCCCCCUCUAACAGUGCUCUGGUUAUUCACAUGAGGAAACACACGGGGGAGAAACCAUACGAAUGUGAUGUGUGUGGCUACAGGACGGCUUAUAAGACAGCACUGGUGGGCCAUAGGAUGACACAUAAUGGCAACAGGCCUUUCAUGUGUGGGGAAUGUGGUUUCAGAACAGGUCAAAAGAGACACUUACAACAACACAUGACUACCCACUUGCAAGAUGGGGGUAACAACAAGCAACCCCAGGCUACAGAGGCAACUGUACAAGAGGACUUGCAUUUACAGGUCUCGAAUAAAUAGUCUGAAAAGGGACUCCAAAAGAGUAGGGAUGACAAUCAGAUAAAAGUAACUUGUGUGAUUGCAUGUCCACAAGUUUCACUACAUACAGUUGUAUGUUUCUAGAAAACCAGCAAUCCCAACUGUUAACUACUACACAUGUAGUAUACUAUCCCCUUCUUCUGACCUCAUUGGACGAUUUGAGGAACAAGACAUGGAAUCAUUCUCAUGCAUUAUUGUGUACAAACAUUUGGACAACAGUGCAAGUGGUGCAACAAAAAGAUGUGAAACAAAAAGGGGCACCUGAUCUACUAGUGGUCUUCUCAAAGAGAUGUUGACAGGGAAUAGGAUAGUUCAAAAACAACACAACCAUCUGUUAAUAUGUAUUCAUGUACAUACACUUUACACAGUCCAUAUAUGUAUAAUUAUAUAGCUAAUGUAUUUGCAUGUUUAGUUUGUUACAUGUAGACAAUGAGGUACUAGUAUACAAAUAGAUGAUUGCUUGUAGACAGCAGCAAUUCAUAAGAAAUAUCUUUGUUCUGGUUCAGAUGCAUGCUUCUUCUUCUAAUUGCAUUGAUUACCAUAAUUUCAUUAACUUUAUGUAAAGUACACAUAUAUAGAUGUGUAGGUUAAAAAAAGUAAUUGCCAAUAUAUUAUAUUUUUCAAUAUGUUAUCAUAAUGUAGACUAGUAUUGUAUCCAAUUGAAUGUGCAAUUACUUACCUGAACCACAGAAGUUUUUGUUUUAAGAGCACAUCUUUUAUAGUUCCAAAAAUCUGUGUUUGUGAAGAUGACAUUAUUUAUGUUAAUUAGUAGUUUCAAAAGUUAGUAAUGUCUUUGUCUGUAAUGACAAUGGUUUACUAACGAUGGACAGAAGGUGAUGUUGUAUUUUUGUAU